UGGCAAAAAUGAAUGUGAGAGGUGAGAGGAGUGAAGAGGCGGCGAGGAGCAGCAGUGGUGACGGGGCGGUAAAGAGUCCCUGGAGAAGAGGUGGAGGCGGCCCCAGUCACACCAGGAGCCACACACACAGCUGUCUGCACACCAUGGUGGCCUGCAGCGGCCUCAGCUGAUUUCAGACAAAAUACCAUGGCAGAAGGCAGUGGCAGCAGGUACCCCAGACAAGGGUGCUACAAUUCUGGUUAUGCAGCACCAUCACUUCCCUAUUCAUCUGUACCAGUGACGGCGUUUCAUACGCCUCGUCCCCAAGAGGUGUUUGGAUUGCCUUUCCAAAGAGGCAUCACAUACACCCAGUACCAGGACAACACCCAGUAUGCUGGGAACCCCCACCUGUCCUCUAGCACACAUUAUGAGAACACUCAUUAUCAUGGCAAUAAUCAGUACCAAGGAAAUAUACCAUUCCAGGACCGGACAAAUAUGCAGUAUCAGUCCAGCUGUAUGAUGCAAAAUGGUCCUGCACCUGCUGGCCAAAUGCUUUAUGAAAACAACUCAAAUUUUAAUGCCAGCCAUAGUCCAUUAACUCCAAAUGUAGGGUACAAUUUUGAUGCCGUUAGGCAGUAUGCCCCUGGAUGGCAGAGUGGCAGAGUUGGACAAAGUAUUAUUUCAAAUAUGAGUUACCAUAAUGUGGUGAACCCCGAGCCAAAUGAGCCUCGAUCAGAUGUGAAUAGUGCUUCAGGUAGUAAUUCUGCUGAAAAACAAAGAAAAAAUUCAUUACCAGGCACUGAAACGGCCUAUCCAAAUUUUGUUAUUGAUAGUUUUAAUGUUAAUGCACAUACCGAGGAAAAUUCGGCGGUUAGUAAUGCAAAUGAGAAUUCUGCUCGUGGAUACUCUGGGGAUAAAACUAGUUUUGGUAUUUCAAGUGAUGGUGCAAAGUCAAAGGGUUUAUCAAGAGGACGUGGAGGACAAAGCAAACGAGGAGGAGGAGGAAGGAGGAAUUAUACAAAUGAAAAGCCACCUGGCCAGGGGUAUGGUAAUACCCAGAAUUCCAGCAGUAGUUGGUAUGAUAGCCGAUCAAACAAUUUAGACGAGAGACAACGUGACCGGGACACUGCCCUUGCAGAGACUGCUGCAUUUAUGAAGAGCUUGAAUGUUAGAAAGGGUGCAACUGUAAAUGUGAAAGAAGAAACUAGUAAUGAUAGAAGACCUAGAAGUAGCUGGGGGAGACAAGAUAGAGGAGCAGGAGGGCGUGGCGGAGGUAAUAGACGUCAACAGAGAGACUAUUUUGGCGAAGAAAAACAGGGAAAGGAAUGGAUAAAUCGACAAGUGAGAACAGGAGAUGAGAAAGGUCACAGUGAAAAGGUUAACAGUUAUCCUGAACCAACUGAUGGCAGGGAAAAACUACCGAGGAAUGAGAGAUCUGGCAAUCGUGGUCGAGGAAAUUGGCGCUCUCACAAUCAGGAUGUAAGCAGAACUUUUGAUAACAGUGAUUCAAGUAAUUGGGAGGUAAAUGCACACCUUAACCAGGACGAGAGUAAGACAGUUACAAUUGGACCAGUGAUAAAUUCUAAGCCAGCUAGAGGAAGUGGUCGAGGAAGACAAGAUAGGAGACUAUGGGGUAAUGGUGAUAACAGCAUUCCUGGCAGUGAUAUUGCUGGUAAGGGUGUGAAGAAAGAAAAUCAAUCCGAUAAAGAAGUUAGUUUGCUGUCAUCCUCCCGUACUGAGGUCGGAGGUAAUGAGGACGAGGAAACGCAGCGUGAUCGUUUAACAGAACAGUUGACAAAGGGAACAUACGAAUGUAUGGUUUGUUGUGAUCGUAUCAAGCAGCAGCAUGCUAUAUGGCCCUGUGUCAAUUGUUAUAAUUGUUUCCACCUUGGGUGCAUUAAGAAGUGGGCCAAGACUUCUACUGGAGAUUCAGGCUGGAGGUGUCCUGCAUGCCAAGGCUCCACCCCAAAAGUUCCAAAUGCAUACAGAUGUUUCUGUGGAAAAAUGAGAGAACCGGAGUGGAAUCGGCGUGACAUGGCUCAUUCUUGUGGAGAGGUGUGUGGGCGGAGUCGAAAAAUUGAAUGGUGCAAACACAAAUGUAAUAUUCUUUGCCAUCCAGGACCUUGUCCACCCUGUUCAGCCUUUAUCAAAAAGUCGUGCCCUUGUGGAGCAGAAUCGCGUGAAGUGAAGUGUAGUGUGACGGAGCCAUUUAUCUGUGACGGUGUAUGUGGAAAGUUACUUAAUUGUGAAGGACAUAAGUGUGAGAAGAACUGCCAUACAGGACCAUGUGGUGACUGUCAACAACAGAUCACACAGAGCUGCCAUUGUGGAAAGAAUACCCGUGAAGUCGCUUGCACCCAAGACAUGUUUGGUAUAAUUGUGUACGGCUGUAAGGACAAGUGUUGCCGCACUCUGGAGUGUGGUAAUCACCAGUGUGAAGCAGAGUGCCACCCCGGGGAAUGCCAACUCUGCGAGAGAGCAGUAGAUAUCAUCACACGCUGUCCCUGUGGUAAAGUACCAUUGGAAAAAUUGUAUGAAAGAGAUGGUGCAAUCCAACGAAAAUCCUGCUCGGAUCCAAUACCCACCUGCAGUCAGUCGUGCCAGCACAUUCUCAAAUGUGGUGUUCCAGGUUCAUUUCAUGAGUGCCAAGCACUGUGUCAUGAGGGCCCAUGCCCGCCAUGUCCUCUUGAGACCCCCGUCAAGUGUCGCUGUGGUGCCAUGGAUCACAAUGUUCUGUGUUCAGAGCUGACAACAAAAGCUGACGAGGUUACUUGUAAGAAGCCUUGUAAAAAGCUGCGUCACUGUGGGCGACACAAAUGCACCACCAAAUGCUGUAUAGAUGUGGACCACGUGUGUAUGCUGGUGUGUGGGAGAAUGCUGACGUGUGGCUUGCACAAAUGUGAAGAGCCAUGUCACCGUGGAAACUGUCCAAGAUGCUGGCAGACAAGCUUUGAAGAACUAACCUGCCAUUGUGGUGCAUCUGUAAUUUAUCCACCUGUGCCUUGUGGAACCAAACCUCCGGUCUGUGAAAAUCCAUGUCGACGUCCACAUACCUGCCCUCAUGAAGCAACGCAUCUGUGUCAUGCUGAUGAACCUUGUCCACCUUGCACUAUGCUUGUUGAUAAGCCUUGUUUUGGAAAUCAUAAGAUAAUGCUUCGAACCCUGUGCUACUUGACUGCCGUGUCAUGUGGAGGAGCAUGUGCGCGUCCCUUGCCUUGUGGAUUACACAAAUGUCAGCGCGUUUGCCAUGAACAGCCAUGUGUACCAGAAGGAACAUUAUGUACACAAAGGUGCUUAAAGCCUCGAGAAUCGUGUGGCCAUCCCUGCGCUAACCCAUGCCAUACUGCAUCCUGUCCAGACACAUCCUGCAAGGAGAUGGUUAAGAUUUCCUGCGAGUGUGGGCAUCGAAAAACUACUCUUCAAUGCUCUGAGAAUGAUAGGGAAUAUCGUGCGCUGGCCACCUCCCUGCUGGCUUCUCAGAUGCAGAACAUGAAUAAUGGAUGUUCUGUUGAUCUCUCCGACAUAUUUACUGCUACUGCAAGACCUGACAAGCUCAGGAGAUUGCCAUGCAAUGAAGAGUGUCAAACAGUGGAACGUAACAGGCGGCUAGCAUUAGCUCUGCAGAUAGAGAACCCUGAAGCCCGUGAGAAACUUGGUAACUCCUCCAUACUCUACUCUGAUUUCAUGAAGGACGAAUCUCGCAAGGAUCCAAAUCUUGCCAAGAUGGUUCAUGAUGCACUGACAGAUUUGGUCUUGAAGUCCAAGGAGUCCAAGCAAAAGAGUUGUAUUCAUUCAUUUGCGCCAAUGAACCGAGAAAAGCGUCAGUUUGUCCAUGAGUAUUGUGAACAUUUUGGAUGCCAGAGUCAAUCUUAUGACGACGAACCAAAAAAGAAUGUUGUUGCCACAGCUGUACGAGGGUCGUGCUGCCUACCACCAAUGAGCGUGUUGACAGUGAUUCAACGAGAACAAGGCCAAAGGAAAGUACCUGCUCCAGUCUGGACUCGCAAGUCUCCUGUGAACGAUGCUCGGCAAGGAAUGCAGAAAUUAGAAAAGUCAAACUCUGUUAAAAAAGAAGGUGAUCCAGCAGCUGCCAAACCACCUCCCAUAGAUUACUUUGACUUUGAGGAAUAAUAAAAAAAAGUUAUGAUUAGAAAAAUCAACUAAAUUCUAUAUAUUAAUUAUAGUAUUUCCAUAAUAAACCUAUUUUAUAUUCCCCACUGAAUAUUAACAAGAGGCACUAAGAGUUUAGGUUUAAUACAGGUAGUUAAUUCAUGUGUCUCUCUUGGACUUGGAGCUGAUGUUUUCACUUGACUUUUCAGCUAGUUAUAAUGUCCUUGUGUCCUGGUGGGAAUGGAUUUUCAUUAAUUUUUUUUUCUAAAGCAGUUGUAAUGUCUUUAAAAGAUAAUGUAAAGUUAAGAAUUGCCACUUUAUUUUUAAAGUGAUAUUAUUGUCAUAUAAAGGUGUGUGUAUAUAGACGUGUAAUCUUAUGUUAUAUCAUUUAUAACCAAGAGCAAACACAGUUUACUUAUAGACCUAACUAUAUAUUUGUAUCAGCAUUUCAUUCCUUUAGUAAACUACUCAUAAAUGGGAAUUACUGUAUUUAUUCUUAAACAAGUAAGUUAUGACAGUAUUGCAAAUACAGGUAUGAGUUGAGGAAGGAGGUCUGUGGAUGAAGUCACUUUAGCUGGAAAUUGAUUCUUGUAAGAGAUGUUAUUUCCAAAAUGCCAUGGUUUAUAGUGAAGAGCUUGUGUUAGGUACGCCUGAACUAGUGAGUGAAGGGACAUGCUGCGGCCAGAUGCGUGAAAUACUGUACAGUUGGUCUUGCAGUUAGCAUAGUGAAAAACAUGAAAUCAAAGUAAAUGUUAAUAGACUUUGGAGUUAUUUAGCAACUUAUAUAUUAUAUUAAAUAAUAUAAUAUUUGUAGAUAAUGAUAUUGCAGUGUUAGAUUUUGUAUAAUAUGCAAAUUUAUUACCUAGCCAGUGUAUUUUGUAUUAUAGGUGCUGUAAUUCAACUACUGGUGUGUUAACGAGUGAGGGGGUUUGUUUGAGCACUAGUGUCAGAGGACAUUAAUAUUGUUACUGCUAUGACAAAAGGUGCAUGUUCAAAGUGUUCACCUUCAAGAUCAUUACAUAAUAUACACCUAGUCUGCAGGAAAUGAUUGUAUGUGUUUUAAUGAAAACAAAUUCUAAUGGAAGCUUAAGACAUUGAUCAGUAGUAAUUAAAACACAGCAAUAAUUUAGAUGUUGAAGGGAUUCCAUUGAUUUUUGAAGUGAUAAUACUGUCAUUAUUAGACAUAUAAAUUAUAAAUCCUGUAGGAGUAUUUCUUGAGAUUCAUGACAUACACUGUAUAGUACAGUAUAUUGAAAUAUUUGGGUAAGCUGUGCUACAAAAUUAAACUCGUAAGAAUUUAAUCACAAGUAGCCUAUUGUAAUUCAUUUUUAUCUAUGGUGAUUUGAUACUAGAAAUGGUACUGCUUCAUAAAGAUUAUUUAUAUACAGUAUAUUAUAUUAUCACCAUGUUAUUAAAGUUUUGUUUAGCAGGCAUGGAAGUAGAAAAUGGGGUUAUGACAAUGCAUAAAUAAUACCAAUACUAUUUUACUCAUUUUCUAAGUUGCAGAAUAAUUUUGCUUUCUCUUCACAGAUAGUUUCCAGGUUAAUCUUAAAUUGUGGAAAAAUUUAAAUGUUCAUGAGCUUCCUCUUAGGAUAAAUAGUCUUGGCUCGGUGCCUUCUUUUGAUAAUUACUUACUUCUUCUGGGAUAUAAAUAAUAAUUUAUCAGAUUAGGCUUUAAGAGUAUAUAACUAACUUAAAUUAAAUUUAUAAUUUAUGUGGCAUUAAACAAUGGCUUCAGGGAUAUUGCAUAAUAAUUUUCCAUCAUUACAAAUACUAGUAUGUUAAGGGCCCAUAGAUAGCUUUUGAAAGUUGUUCAACGUCAACCCAUUUUUUUUUUUACUAGUUGUAUAUGAGUAGGGUUUCAUCUGGUCCAAGUCUCGGCAUCGUAGCAUAAAUAGGAAGGGAGAAAAAAAUAUUGAAUUAUGCUUCAAAAAUUUUCUAAAAUGGUCAAAAAUGAUUAUCAAACACAAGUGUCAACUAAAAUCAUGUCGUUGACUCUCAGCUAUCAUAAUAGCAUAUAUUAAAAAAUAAAUAAAAUUAGUUUUAUUAAAAAAAAUUAAGUUAAAUUUUUUUUUUUUUUUUUUCAAUUUUGUUCUUAUUUGUUAAACUUACAUGAAACUUACACCUUGUAUGUAAAGUUUAUCUCUAAAAUCAGGAGUCGGUGUUUUUUCCAAAGUUCAUUUAUUGAUUUUAUAAUAACAAAAGAUGAUAUAUUUGCAUAAUUUUGGGGGGAACUUUGUCUAUUUGUCUUGGGAAAACUAAAGAUGUUUUGGGAAAUCCCCGGCCCCAGAUUCUUUAUUGUAUGCUAAUGUGUCAAGAAAAUUGUCAUAGAAAUGAUUUCAUUUGAAGCUUGUGGUUGUUAUACGAAUUUGAAAAUGUGUAAAAUUUGUUGAAAAAAAUAAAAACAAAAAUCAAAUCUCCCUUUCUAUUUAGGCUGCAGUACUGAAACUUGGAACAAUUGCAGCCCUUUUCAUAUACAAUUAGUCAAAAAAUAUUGGUUGACUUUGAACAACUUUUAAAAAACUAUCUAUUGGCCCCCUUAAUAUAGUAGCUGGUGAACAGCAGUGUCUUGCAAAUUAAUUUAAGGAAGUUAAAGAUGUAACUUUUAUUUAUAUAUACAUGUAGCGCACAGUUUGCCUGAAAUGGCUGGACAGAACAAUGUACUUUGCCCGGGAUUACCUUAGCUUUGCCCUCUGGUUAGAGUAAUGCAAUAACACACACAUAGGAAUGGUGACUGCAUUGUUCUCUGGUUUAAAGGUACCAGAUGUCUUGCACAUGUCACAGAUAAUAUCCACAGUGACUGAGACAGUUAUUAUGGAUAACCUGAAUUACUGUUCCUCUAACUUAAUUUUACGUGUUAUAGUCAACUCGGAUUAAUUUGUUGUGCAUAUUGCUAUGUAACCAUACUAGUUUAAUAUACAGCCACUUAUAUAUUAGUGUUAUACAUUUAUUUUGGGGUCUACAUACCUACACAGGUUAUGUCCUAAUUUUGUUAUUGGGAAUAAAUACAAAAAUUUGAAUUUCAAAUUUUGGGCACAAUUACGUGUGUAAUUUCAUAACUUUAGGCACAAUUACAUGUGUAAUUAUACCUGAAGGCUUCCUGGCAAGUAUUCUUCCAUCUCCAGCAAAGUAAAAUAAUAUCUAAUGCACAAUGGCUCCUGAUUUUCUCAAAAUAAUAUCUUUAAAACUUGUAAACAAUAGAAGCAAGAGCUCAAGCUAUGUGGUAUAGUGCCAGCUAGACUACAUUGCUCAGUGAUAGAAUAUUAUUCCCAGAGUGCUUCAUUUGCGUGUGCUCACAGCCUUUACUGUGUUUGUAUUUUUGUCAUAAAGUUUACAUAGUAAGUCUGUGGUAAAUUACAAUGAUAGAAGCAUUGGUAGGUAAAGAUCAUUAGUGUAUCAUACAGUAGUAUGGUUAACACUUGUACUCAAAUUAUUUUUUAAAAUUCCACAAUAUUGUCUCUUUUUCUACCUUACUGUGAAUGUCGAAAAAAAGUUCUUUUAUCCAACUAUGGCAUAAAAUGUUGCAAAUUUCAGCAAAUGCCUUCACAGUCAUAGUGAGAGAUUUUCUGUAAAAAUAUAUUUAUUGUGAACAAAAAUACUGAGCAUCUGCAUGUGUGUCAUUGUGUACAGAAAGAUGUAAAUUGUAGGCAUUUGCUGUACGCUCAUGAUUUUCCUUGUGUUGAAAAACAGGCAGGGAAUCUUGAUGCUCGCCAUUUGUUUUGUAUAUAGUAAGAGGAAUAUAUUUUGAUAUUAAACUGGUAAUUUGUACUUGAUUGUUUUUAUUGUUUUUUUACUAAAUACUGAAUUGAAAUGAGGAUAGUUACUUGAUAUAUCUUAUCUACUUCUCUGCCACAAAUCUUUAGUUAUGCAAAAAAUUAUUGUUUGCCAUCAUUGGCCAUCUUGUAUUAGCAUGUUGGGGUUAAUUUUUGACACUUGUUUAUCUUGGUUACCCCAUUUCUCUUACCUUCAAGUCAAAUGCUCUAAGGCCCUUUCAUUGCUUCGAGCCUUGUCCCGUACUUCCUCUCCUUCGACCCUUCGUAAUGUUGAAUUAGCUUUGCACCAUGCUGGGUUUGGCACCUUGGGCACCUUGGCUUUGGUGCCUUUCAUUCAUCCCAUAUCCAGAGCUUAUGUUGAAACAGGUGUCUUGUCUCUACAUUAUCGUUGGAAUUGUUACUGCCUUCGCUACCUUGCAAGGUCUCUGCAACAUCCUCAUUCUCGCUUUUGCUGGGCUUUGGCUGUUGCCCCUCUGGUUGGCCCUGUUCCCUUUUGCCACCUUCCUUUUUCUCUUAGGAUGUCUCUUACAAGCCUCCCUUUUGGUUUGUGUUAGCAAUGUUUCUCCUCGUGUCGUUCCAUCCGUACCUCUAUGGCGGGUUUCCUUGUGACAUUUUGUUUUUGACCCCACAUGGUAAAGGCUUCUUCCCCCUUCCAUUGUUCUGAAAGGGCAUUUCCUUGAACAAUUUUCUUUGCACUUGCAUUCUGUUGCCUCUCUUUGCAAAUGGGUCUAAAUCUGCUGAUGGUGUUGGAUACAAUGUUGUUUUCCCAGACCAAACCUAUAUGAGCUGCCUGCAUCUGGAGAGCAUCAUCUUCUUGGCUGGACUGUAUGCAGUAUUGUAUGCCCUUUGUCGAUUGAUUUUCCGUUGGCAGCACUCCUUUGUCAUUGUGCACUCUUGUAGUGCUCUCAUGACUUUGGAGUAAUUUAAUACUAUGCAUUCUGUGGUAGUCGAAAUCCAAUGUUGGCUGUUUUUAAUCUCUGGAAGAUUUAAGCAGGUUGAGUUUUGCUGGGUUCCCAGCCACAUUGGUAUUUCCUUAAAUGAGUAUGCAGAUACUGCUGCUAAGGAUGCUAUUUCUUGUCCUGCUUCCUGAAAAGCCCAUUCCUUGUGAUUUCUACCCAGUCAUUCAUUCCUCGAUCCGUGACUGUUGGCAGGUCAUUGGUCUUGAGUUACUUGAAAUAUCCCUUGGCCUUCCUCCCACCAUAAACGGUGGUGAGAAACGGCCUGGCAAGGUUGCGUAUUGGCUGUGUACAUUUAACCCACAGGCACUUAAUGGAAUGCUGCCUAGCUCUUUAUUGUCCAAACUGCAUUGUUCCCCUUAUAGUUGUACAUCUCCUUGUUGAAUAUCCUGAUCUUCAGGACGUUUGUGUGACUUGCUUCACUACUGUCCCUCGAUAGAAUCAUUGGUGAAUCCAAUACCUUUGAUAUCGCUUGUCUUGUGCACUUUUGUUAUUGUAUUGGCAUCCUUAGUGAUAUUUAGCAUCUUUGAUGGUGCUACAUGGUCUUUCCAGCUUGUCGCCUUCUUUUGAUGAUAAACAGAAGAUUACGAAGUUGUUGCCCAGUGUACUUCUGGCAUGUUUUUACGAUUUGGAUUAGAAAACACAAGAGACUUUAGUGUUCUGUUGGAUAUUACUGUACUUUAAUAAACAAACACUGGUGAUCUGUCUCUAACGUGCUUUUCCAGCUGUAAACGUUCUGAGUUCCUGGGCCACUCAGUAAUGUGAAUUUUUUUUAUAAUCAUUGUAUGUUUUCUAAGUUUUUUGGGAUGGUUAUUACUAUAAAAUUUGAUCUCAAAAUGUUCACAAAUGAAUUCUCUAGAGAAUGGAUGUAAAAACAAAAGUGUACUGAUAAUAGAUUAUAUGGGACAACAAUGAAUAUACAAAUGUUAAUGAAUUGGUCAGUUGAGGUGUUUUAGUGUCAUCAGAACUUGAAAGUGUUAAAUUAAUUAAUUAAUGUAACAUAUUCAACUUUUACAAGAAGCUUCUGCAAGAAGGCCAUUUCAAGUGUGAUUGCUGUGUAAUGACUUUAGUUCAAGUGAUGGUGAUCUCAAAAUGGACUUUGCAACAGUAAAAUUAUCCCUGAAAAGCUGUUCGUAUUUGCACUAUGCGCUUUUGUUCUUGUAUUGGCAUUCUUUGUGAUAUUUAACGCCUUUUUAAAUAUCCUGCACAUUUGAUGGUGCUGCAUAGCCUUCCCGGCUUGGUGCCUUCUUUUGAUAAUGAUUUUGAUUUUUUGAUAAUUACGUGCUUGCUUGUCAAGAUUGUUCAUCUGUAUUUAGCAUAAUAUUUUGGCACAAAUAAUAGAUUUUUUUGUUUGCUUAACUAGAUUUAAACAAUGUGAAUUUGCAUAAGAUAAUAUCAGACAAAUUUAAAGGAAAAAAUGAAUUUCAUUUUGUACUUGAUACACCGAAGAUACCGAGUAUGUUAAGGUGUGCAUUCUUAGUCUUCAGAUAGACACUAGAUAACUGAAAGGUUUUACUGUUGAACCAUGAGCCCAUCCAUCUCCAAACUACUGUAUUUCAUUAACAUUAAAGCUUUGUUUAAGGAAAUGACCACUGAAUACAUCACAGUACAGCAAAUGGCGGGAGUGGGAAGGGAAGGGGGUAUCUCAAUUACAAGACAUGAAUUAGAGGAGAGGACUUGUACAUAAAAACUCCUCAUUGUCUUGAGGAGAGAUUUUUAGUGAAAGAAAGAGAAAAAAAAAGAGAAGAAAUCACUAGUUCUAGUUUGGGCGCACACAACAGAGUAGGGGUGUGAUUUUUUUUUUUUUUUUUUUUUACCUGUUGAUGGAGAAUCGAACCCUAUCAAGUCCCCUUGCACCAUUAAUCCUUAAAAGUGAUUUUAAAACAUUUAUUAUUAAAUAUUAACAAACCAGCUCGUAUAGAAUCACAAUUGUGUCUGAUUGUGACACAUAUCAUGUGAUUGUAUAUAUCAUUUUCUCUGCAUUUCAUCCCUUUACCUUGAACUGGACUGGCAGGUUCUUCACCUUCAUAACAGUAAACAUUUCCACAUUUUAUUCCAUCUAUUUACUCCACCGCUACCUAUAAACAGCUGGCACUAGGACAAAGCAGAUUGGAAAACUACAGCUUUCUCUCUCUUUUUUUUUUCCUCUGUUCCAACUGUUCUUUUAGAGUCUGUUAUCCAUUGAUAAAAUCCUCUGCGAAUCUGCCUCUUCUAUUUAAAUCAUUUUGUCUUUCUGCUCAUGUAUUUGCAUUUCUAAUGAUCUAUAAAGUCUUGAUUAUUUUGCAAGACAGUACUUCAUUGUGUAGCAAUCAUGGCUUUUUGCUUCCAUUUGAUAAUUAUUAAGAUACUGUAUUUGAUGAAUAUUUGCAAGUCAUGUUAACUUCAAGAAUUCUUAGGAAAAAUAAAUUGAAGGCAAAAUAUAACAAAUUUGUUUUAACCAAAUAUUUUUGUUCUGAGACAGUUAUGAUUUUACUACUGUAUUCUUAUCAAGUCUUAAUAACUGCUGGUAACCUGCUAGUCCUGUUUUUGUUGGCUUUUACAACACAGGGUUCAGGAUCCAAAUGUGAUAUCCUAUAUAAUGAUAUAUAAUGUUGGGAGGCCUGGUCAACGAUCAGGCCGUGGGGUCUCUAAGCCCUGAAAUCACCUCAAGGUAACCUCCUACCAAAUUAAACAUCCGUAUACCAAGGUCUCAUUAGGUGGGGAAGACUAAGUUAGUAAGAAUGUCCACUAAGAACACGCGAUGUAUUUUACAUAGAAAAAUCAAAGUGCUUCUUGAACUAAGAGAACCUAUCAUUUGCUUGAAUUUGGAAAUUUUCAAUGUUCAUCAAAUAUAAACUAAUAAUAAAAUACUGUAUGCAUUAGUAUUAAUUUUUUUUUCUCAUUGAUGAAUAAAGUGAACAAAUGAAAAUGCUGUUUAAUGUAGAAUUCUGUCUGGCAGUUGAGUGCCAGUCAGGAAACUGUUAUACAGUGGUUUCAUAUUUUUCAAUAAUUUUGGUGGUUGUGUGCAUGGUUUUGCUCAAUUUUUAGCUUAACCAAUAUUCUUGGCAUAGUUUUGGUGCUCAAGUAUUUUUGUUUUUUCUCAUUAUGCUGAUAUUAGGUGGAUGUGGUAAUUUCAAUAAUAAUUACUUGCUUAUUAUGGCAUGGUAUUUAUGCCCUACCACAUUGUAUUGAUUUAUUAUUGUACACUUGUUCUGUAUGUUUGUACAUAAUGGGGAAAGGGGGUCAUGUUAGUGCCUGGAAAACCCCACCACCUCUUGUGUGAGACAUAGGAAUGUACUCUGCUCCUAUAUUUUAUAUUUUUAUUCAAGUAAUGGAAUGUGUUCAAAAAUGGAAAUUUUGUUCAUUUUAACCAAUUGUUGAAGCAAAUAAUGUAGUGUUGGUCAACAUUAGAGACUGUUCAACACACUUCCACUACACAUAAGGGGCAUAACUGGCCGACCCCUCACAAAGUUCAAGAGAACUCGAUAAACUCCUCCAAAGGAUACCUGAUCAACUAGGCUGUGAUUCGUACGUCAGACUGCAAGCAGCCACGUCCAACAACCUGGUGGCCAGGUCAGAAACUGGAUUGCUGGGACUUUGACACCCCCCUCCAGAAUCAAUGCAAUGUUGGCAACUACAGGUAGGUAGGUAGUUGGUCCAUCAUGCAAGUUCUCUUUUUAAAGAUUCUUCAAUAAAGUUGUCAUAUUUAAAUCCUAGGAGUGAAUAAUUACAAAAAUUACUCUAUAAAAUUGGAGUGAUCAAUAUAACAUGUAAACCGAACUGGCAAUAUUAAUAUUCAGUGGUGUGUUGGCAGUCAUUUGCCAAGUGAAUGCACACAAUGUGAUAUUUAAAACAUUUAUUUUCAGCUUCUUCAAAAUACAAUUCUUACCCUUUCUUGUUAAUUAUUUGUUAUAUAAUAGAGUAAUCUUGAACACUGUUGAUAAAUGACGCCGGUUCGGCUACAAGGCAAAUUAGAAUACAGAGGUUGCUCAUGUGGUUCUUGUAGCUAAAUGGCGUCUUCACAGCAUUCAUGUGAAGUUGCUAAAUAUUUUGUAAUUGGACAUAUUGUAGUUCAGCUUCUGGUCUCUCUUCAUGUGACUCCUGAGCGGGACAAAAAUGGUUGGACAAGUUUCCUUUCACCUAAUGCCUGUGUUCGCCCAGCAGUAAAUAGUUACCUGGGAGUUGGGUAACUUGUGGGGUUGCAUCCUGGGAUGAGUCAGUAGUUCGAUCUUGAGGGACCUCAACACAAGCCUAAAGUAUAUGCAAGCGUCCUGUCCCCGAUAAAACAGUUAUAAUUCUGUACUACACGAUAUUAUUUGUCAUCAAUUUACCUUCGCAUACAGAUUUCUUGUCAAAAUAUUUCAAAUGGUAAAAGAAAAUUGGUCCUGUUUCCCAUCACAACAUUGUGCUGACAAAUACUAGGAGGAAUGUUGACUAGGCCAAAGUAAUAGUUGAUAUUGUGGGUGAAUUUUUUCGUUCAUACUUUUAAAUACAUAUCUACAUAAGAAAUAGGUAAAAUAUAUAGUUUUUUUUAUAUUUUAUCUGAUUAGCGAACCACUCGCAAUAAAUAACAAGUUAUGUACUAUCCCCAUGGCCUUCCUCCUGCCAUGAGAACAGGAAAUAUCUCUGGCUGAGUUCUGUAUUAUCAGUGCAGUUAACUUGUGGGUAUUGGAUGUAAGUGAUCUGCACCUUAGUGUCAGAACUGCAUUGUUCCCCUAACAGUUGAGCACCUCAUGAAAUGUCUCGACUCUCAGAAUUGGAAAUUUUGCCUUCCCACUGUUUGCUUGAUUUUCCUGUAAAUUUGAUUGUGCCGACAUCACUCGUCUUGUCUUUUAAGUGAUAUCUGAGUACUGUACUCUUGAAUAUUCUAAGAUGCAUGCGGUGCUAAAUAGUCUCCAAGGCUUGUUGCCUUCUCUUGCUAAUUGGUUAUUUUAACAGUGAUUCACUCCUGGUUUUGUGGAAUAUCACACCAAAUUUUACUGUUUUUUAGGGCAGUAUUCUAACUAUAAUUAGUACAUUUUGCAGAAAUUAUCAUAUUUCUGAAGCGAUAAAGGUCAUGAGAAUGUAGUCAUUCUCAUAUUCAAGGGAGAAAUUUUGAAACACAGACUCAAUAUACAGUACAGUAACCUAACCUUUUAGAUUCGUAUUGCAAGAUGCCUUUGGAUGAAAAAUAUAGGAAUUUCUCUACAUAUUUAUCGUACACUAGACCAAGUAGCUUAUUCAUGUACGAUUAAUAUAUUGUUGGUAGUACUUUAAGCCAUAGUGAAAAAAAUGAAUCUUUUAGACACCCAACCACACAGAUCGGAAAAUAAAAGAAUGAUAUUUCGAUCCAUCCUGGACUUUAUAAUUGACCUGGACAGAUUGAAAUACUGUAAUGUCAAUUCAUAUAUUUUCAGAUUUGUGGGUCGAGUGUUUAAUUUUCUGUAAUGUUAUUGUGACUUAUUGUCUGCAUAUGAAUCUGUACUCACCAAGCCCAAGUUGUACCAUGGCCAACAGAACAGAGCAGCUAAUCUAGCACUGACUCCCAGUAGUUGCUAGAGGUAAAUUUGUUGUGAUAUGGGGACAGUAAACAAGUUACAAACAUAAUUUUAAUGUUGGUAAUACUGAAGUGUUUCUUGAGAGAGAGAGAUUUAGCAAGGUGUUGGCUAUGUCGAUACAUUUGUCGGGCAUUACACACAUCUCUCAUUGCAGACAAUGGUAAAUAUCUUGCCAUUAUAGCUUGAGUUUUCUGAGUAUUUUCUAUGCAUUUUUUAGAUGCAUAGCCUUGUUGCAUCUAAAAAAUAAAUUCAAAGCUGAAUAAUUUGGCAAGGAUUAAUGCAAAAGUAUUGGCGAAAAAAUAUGUACAACACUGUUCAUGGAUUCUGGUAGUCUCAAGUUUGUAAUGGUUAUUAAAUUAUAUGAUCGACAUUUUGGUAUUAUCGUGUCCUGAGGAAGAGUUGUAGCCAGGUUUAAUAAGCUAAAUUCAACCAUAGCUGCAUAUAUUUUUUCAUCGUAGAUAGCAAAGUUCAUUUAUAAUUUAAUUUACAGUACUGUAUACAUAACCCUCGUUGAGCCAUUCCUCCUUGUUACAAAUAUAAAACCUUUUUUCUUCCUUUAAGUGUUUCAUUUCAAAUUAUGCAUUGUACUUUAGUCAUUAUGUGAAUGUUACACUUUACUGCUCUUUGCCAGACUUUCCUUCCUAAAUUGCAAUAAAUGUUGGAAGAAAUGAUAGUUCAUCGGUUUUAAGAUUUUUUAUUUUGUUAAAUGUUCUGCAAAUUGCUGUAUUCAGUUAAUUACUGUACUGCAUUUGUUUGGAUGUGGUUUGUUUGUGGGAAUAAAUAUAAGAAUAUGAA